UGGAAUUUUGGCGGGUCUGGCUGAAGAAGGGAGGUGGUGCGGAGCCGCCAACAUUUUACAUUACUGCCGUCUCCUGGGCACCUACCUGGUCCUCCUUCGAAGUUCUCCAUCAUCACUGUUCUCUCAACAGCAUGGAUGGGGAGGAAGAUGAUUUGUCUCUGCUGACCGCACUGCUGGAGGAGAAUGAGUCGGCCUUGGAUUGUAAUUCAGAAGAGAAUCAACCCUUGACCCAGGAAGAUGGCACACCUGACGCAUUUGAUGAGCUCUUUGAUGCUGAUGGUGACGGUGAAUCUUACACAGAGGAGGCUGUUGAUGGAGAAGUGGAGACGACUGAAGACCAGAAGGAAAAUCUGACCACUCUGUUUGGAGAUAUGGGGGACUUAACAGAUGAAGAAGACGUUCCUGCAUUGCAAUCAACUAAAAACAGACUCCUCCCCGCUCCUGCUCUCAGUCAAGGGAAAACCAAUCAAGAGUUGCAAGAUGAAUUAAGGAAGUUGCAAGAGCAGAUGAAGUCCUUAGAAGAACAGCUGAAAAUGGCGACAAUUAAACAACCUGCAAGUCCACCUGUUCUGCAUAAAUCGCCUGUAGAAAAGUCUCCACGUCCCCCUCUUAAGGAGAAGAAGGUUCAGAGAAUUCAGGAGUCCACGUGCUUUUCUGAAGAGCUUGAUGUCCCUGCUCCACCAAAAACCAAGCGGGUGGCUCGGACACCGAAGGUUUCACCUGCAGAUCCCAAAAGCUCAUCUUCAAAGAUGACAAGUGCACCCUCCCAGCCACUCCGAAUGACUCCUGGGAACAAGCCUAAUGGGAUGACUAGAGAUCAGAGCACAGGGACCCCCAGGCAUUCUGGGGAGCCGGCUCAGCCAGUCUCCGUGGAAGCCUUCUCUGGCCUGAGGCUCAGGCGGCCUCGAGUGUCCUCCACAGAAAUGAACAAGAAAAUGGUUGGGCGAAAACUGAUCAGACUGUCUCAGCUCAAGGAAAAGAUGGCAAGUGAGAAGCUGGAAGAAAUAGACUGGGUGACAUUUGGGGUUAUAUUGAAGAAAAUCACUCCACAGAGUUCUAACAGCGGGAAAACAUUUAGCAUCUGGCGACUGAAUGAUCUUCGUGACCUGACUCGGUACGUGUCGUUGUUCUUGUUUGGAGACGUUCACAAAGAACUCUGGAAGACUGAGCAGGGUACUGUCGUAGGGCUGCUCAACGCUAACCCCAUGAAGCCCAAGGAUGGUUCGGAGGAGGUCUGCUUAUCUAUUGAUCAUCCUCAAAAGGUGUUAAUCAUGGGUGAAGCUCUUGACCUGGGAACCUGUAAAGCAAAGAAGAAGAAUGGAGAACCAUGUACACAGACUGUUAAUUUGAACGACUGUGAAUACUGUCAGUAUCACAUCCAGGCCCAGUACAAGAAGCUCAGUGCCAAGCGAGCUGACCUGCAGUCCACUUUCUCCGGAGGACGAAUUCCAAAAAAGUUUGCCCGCAAAGGCAUCAGCCUAAAAGAACGGCUGUGUCAGGAUGGUUUUUACUACGGAGGGGUUUCUUCGGCAUCGUACGCAGCCUCAAUUGCAGCAGCUGUUGCUCCUAAAAAGAAGAUUCAAACCACUUUAACUAAUCUGGUCGUUAAAGGCACAGACUUGAUCAUCCAGGAAACUCAGCAAAAACUCGGAAUACCCCAGAAGAGCUUGUCUUGCUCUGAGGAAUUCAGGGAACUGAUGAAAUUGCCAACGUUUGGAGCCAGAAACUUGAAACAACAUUUAGCCAAAGCCAAGUCAUCAGGGAUCAUGGGGAGCCCAAAACCUGCUUUCCGGUCUAUCUCGGCGUCAGCCCUCUUGAAGCAACAGAAGCAGUGUAUGUUGGAGAUGAGGAAAAAGAAAUCAGAAGAAAUACAGAAACGAUUUCUCCAGAACUCAAGGGAGAUUGAGAGCCCAGCUGUGCCAUCCUCUUCUCGACAGCCUCCUUCUCAGUCCCUACGAACGGGGGCUGAGUUCCCCAGGCUGGAAGGAACCCCUGCCACACAGAUGCCCAAGCUUGGGCGGGGCAUCCUGGAAGGAGAUGAUGUUCUCUUUUUUGAUGAGUCACCACCACCAAGACCAAAACUGAGUGCUGUAGCAGAAGCCAAAAAGUUAGCUGCUAUAACCAAAUUAAGGGCAAAAGGCCAGAUUCUUACAAAAAGAGACCCAAACGGCAUUAAAAAGAAGCAAAAGGACCCCCAGGAUCUCCUGGAAGUGAAGGAAUGUGUAGAAAAUAACAACACAUCUUCUCCUCAAGCUGAGGACGAACUGGAACCUGCCCGGAAGAAAAGGAGAGAACAACUUUCCUAUCUAGAAUCUGAGGAAUUUCAGAAAAUUCUAAAAGCAAAAUCGAGGCACACAGGGAUCCUAAAAGAGGCCGAGGCUGAGCUGCAGGAACGCUAUUUUGAGCCACUGGUGAAAAAAGAACAAAUGGAAGAAAAGAUGAGAAACAUCAGAGAAGUGAAAUGUCGAGUAGUGACAUGCAAGACGUGUGCCUACACCCACUUCAAACCUUUGGAGACCUGCAUCAGUGAACAGCACGACUACCACUGGCAUGACGGCGUCAAGAGGUUUUUCAAGUGUCCCUGUGGAAACAGAAGCAUCUCCCUUGACAGACUCCCCCAAAAGCACUGCAGUAAUUGUGGCCUCUUCAAGUGGGAACGGGACGGAAUGCUAAAGGAAAAGACAGGUCCAAAGAUAGGAGGAGAAACCCUGUUACCAAGAGGAGAAGAACAUGCCAAAUUUCUGAACAGCCUUAAAUAGCCCUGACUUCAAACAGGUACCUGCAACCUGCAUUGCUUCUUGUGGCUCUGGGAAAGCAGAAUAUUGACUUUGUAUUGCACGUGUUCCUGAUUGACAUAGUCAAAAGAAAUACCAGUUAGGCCUACAAGCCUUGCCUGCUUUCUUUCCUCCAUUGUGUUGAUUUGACACCAAAUUUAACAUCGACCUUUAAGUGGAAAAUCAAGGUACCAUUGUCUUCUGUGUCCUUACUACUGAUGGCUUCAUUCACACAAAUUUUUGAUCCCUAAACUGGAAGGUGAAUCAAGAGCUGUGUUUUUAUAUCUCUUGGGUUAUAGGGUGGGCAGUGUCACUUCUUUAUCACAAUGAGAUUUUAGUAUUUAUAUGGACACUCAGAGGCAAAAGAAUUAAUUUAGCUCACCCCCGGGAAGUUACUUAACUUCUGGACUUCAGUUUAUUUAUCUGUAGAAUGAGGAAGGUUGGACUAAAUGAUCUUGAAAUGUAUCUUUCAGCACUCAAAUUCUACAAAUAAUAUAACUGCUUCCCAUCUAGAUAAUUAUGAUGAUUGCCCUUCAUGUAGUUGUGGUGUACUGAUACGACAAGCCAGCUACCUCCUUUCUAUUCUACUGUUUCUCUGUUUAGUUCUUCGAAAUUGAUUGUCACUGAAUCACUUGGCAUUUCGAUUCAUAUCUGUAUGGCUGUCUGUUCCCUUAUAAUAUUGUGGAGCUCCGUAAUGGAAAUACCUAAAAUCUCAUCAUUUUUAAAUAUGGCUUUAUUUAAAUAUGGCUUAAAGAAACUUCAAAACUUCUAACAAGAAUGAAUGCAGAAUUUGAGGAGCUGUGAAGCCUGACUGAAACAUGGAAACAUCCCAAAAGACAAAAUCUCAUGGAGUUGGGACUUAUAGAUAUAUUUCAUUGUACACAUCAAGAAUUAUAGGUCAAACCUCAUAUAAAUUGCCACCUAAAAAUUCCAUUUAGAAUAUUCCUCUGCCUAGGCAACCUGAUUUGCCAAAUACUAUUUGAACCAAGUGAAUGCUGAUACCGCCUAAGGAUUGGGUAAAUUGGUAGGAUUAUUAUAUUGGGAUUUAAACUCUAGCUAGAAAUAGGUUAGUUUCCCCCAAGAUGGUAUUAUGGUAGGAACAUAACACUUACGGGAGGUGGUUGUGGGAAACGGUUGAUUUAGGUUUUAAAAACCCGGAAGUAAAAUCUCUGUGCCUUAUAUUUCAUCAGUCUCUGCUCUGUCUGGGUAAAAGGUGCUGUGUCUGACCCUUGUGUUCCCCUUAAGGUCGUAUCCUAAUAACUAUAUUUUUAGAAGUAUUUCACUUUCCAGGAAUUUUUUCCUUUUUAAUUUUUAAGGAAGGGAGGAAAGAAUAAAGUGUUUAAUUCUUAAUAAGAACCAAAAGCACUUGAAACUGGUGUUUUUAGUGGCUCAUUUAAGUAGAUAUAUUCGUCCCACACACUUAAAACCAAGCCACGUAUUUGAAGUACGUCACAACUGAGCAGCUGCCUAGAAACUGUACUUGUGGUUGCUCUGUGGGGAUCCCCUUCCUGUGUAAGAAGCACGUUCUUGUUUGAACCAAGGGCGUCGUUGGCGUCCAUAUUAGCUUGUGUAUAGUAUAUAAGUAGUGUAAUAUUCUUGUAAAGGUGAGCCGAGUCUGGAUGCCCUCAUUUUUUAAAAUUUGAUUUUAAAUUUUUAAAUAACUUAAAAAUAUACUUGAGUUACUUCUCAGUUACUCUAGCUCUUGGGAGACUUGCCUUUGAGGUGCUUUGUGUGUGCGCUUUCUUAGAAUAUUCAGGGAUGGGAAGGGGUGGGUGGACCUGAGAGGAGACUUACUCAUUUGCAUUGAAAAUAGGAUUCUUCAGUGAGAUUGGUCUUUUCAUCCCAUCCUCUUUAUCAACAUGUAUUAAAUGCUUUCAUGUAAAUCCAAAAUGUGUGUUUAAUUUUUUCUCAUCCCAUCACUGACAAUGUAGGACUUACUGUGUAGUUACAGGCCAUGAGAACAGGGAAGUGCACAGUGAUCUAAAAAUUUAGCAAGCAAAAACUCAUCUGUCCUUCAUGGAGAACCUGGUUGGUCUGAAUGUUCUGCUCUUCACAAUAAACUUCUUUUUUUUGCUGUGCCUUUUUCUGUUUAGAGGAAAUAAGUACCUUUUUAAAGAAGAUCACC